UGAAACUUCGGCAGAGCCCGGCCCUGAGGGCAUGGGGCCGGGCGGGGCGGCGCCACGGCCGUUAUGGCGGCGGAGAGGCGGUAACGGCCCAGCACGGAACGGCCCGGCCAGGCCGUUAAGCCGCCGUUCCGCGCCCGGCUCCGUGUUUGGCUCCGCCUCUGCCUGCGGGGCUGGCCGAGGGGCGGUGGUGGCGGUGGCGGCGGUGGCGGCGGGAGCCGGCGGGUGGAGGAGCCGAGUCCUUUCAGCUGCGGAUGCUGUUUGCAAAUGGAGUGUGGAGAAAAUACUGCCACAAGAAAAGAUUUUUCUACUUGAAAAGAAUCCUUGGAUGUUUUCCUCAGAAAUGCUGAUGUCUGUGUGUCAGAUGAUCUCCAGGCUUAGGCCUCCUGCUUCCAAAUUAGCUUUCAUCAGAAAAUUCUUAAAAAGCCUAAUAACAAAGCAGCCUCAGGACCUUCUUCUUGUAAUUGGAACUGGAGUAAGUGCUGCUGUUGCACCAGGAAUCCCAGCGCUGUGCUCCUGGAGAAGCUGCAUCGAGGCUGUAAUUGAAGUAGCAGAACAGUUGGAGGUGCUGCAUCCAGGAGACGUGGCUGAAUUUUGUAAAGAAGUGAUCAAAGAUAGAGACCUGCUUGUGGUUGCACAUGAUCUCAUCAGGAAAAUGUCACCACGUACUGGGGAUACAAAGCCCAACUUCUUCCAGGAUUGCUUAAUGGAGGUGUUUGAUAACUUAGAACAACACAUUCAGAACCCUGUUGUUCUGCAAUCAGUCCUGAGACUAAUGGAGAGAGGCACAAUGGUUCUGACUACAAAUUAUGACAAUUUACUUGAAAUAUUUGGUCAUCAACAGGGUAAACCUAUGGAGUCUUUGGACUUGAAAGAUAAGGAUAAGGUUCUUCAGUGGGCAAGAGGUCAUAUAAAUUAUGGAGUUCUUCAUAUUCAUGGCUUGUAUACGGAUCCUUGUGGAAUGGUGCUAGAUCCUUCAGGAUAUAAGGAUGUUACUCAAGAUCCUGAAGUCAUGGAAGUUAUCCAAAAUUUGUAUCAAACAAAGUCUUUUUUGUUUUUGGGCUGUGGAGAGACUCUACGUGAUCAGAUAUUCCAAGCUCUUUCUCUUUAUACUGUAAAGAAUAAGGUGGAUUUAGAACAUUACAUGCUGGUGCUUAAAGAAAACGAAGACCACUUUUUUAAGCUCCAGGCAGAUAUGCUUCUGCAUGGAAUAAAAGUAGUAUCUUAUGGGGACUGCUUUAAACAAUUCCUGGAGUAUGUACAAGAUCUGACUACUCAAAUCUGCAAGCACAGAAGUCCAGGAAUGCACAACCAGGCACCAGUGGAGAAGAAACCAGAACAACUUAAUCCAGUUCAACUUAGUGAGUUAGAACUUCAUGUAUGGACAGUGCUAAAAGGAAAUUAAGAGAAAAUGGUACUGAUUCUCCCAAGAGAAUCGAGCAAUCAGAUAAUGGUAUAUCCACUAUUGAAUGAGAGGGGGAAAAACACACACAAAACAGUUAAAAUCUGCUGUUUUUAACAGCAGAUGUUUUAUUUCUGCAUUGAAGGUUUUGAGCUAAGUAUUUCCAUGGUUUCAAGUGGAAUAAAAAUCGUGUAUCUGUCUUAGCUUUUUCUUUUCUAGGGAUGUAAAUAGUAAUGCAUGUGAAAUGAUACUAGUCACUCUGCAGGCACUUCUGAACUAGUGAACUACUGAAACUGUAUCUGUAAGGUCAUUUAACAGCACAUAGAUACAAGUUUUACCUGCCUGUUCUUGAAGCCAGAUGGACCAAGUUCUUAACAUUUUGGCCUGAAUACAGUGAUUUGAAGCACAA